AUGGCCACGUUCACACCAGAAGAGGUGGCGGCACUGCAGCAGGGAGCCAACCAGCGGGCGCGAGAGUACUUUCUCCUGGGGGGCGGCCGUGCCCCUCCCAACAGCAAUGACCCCCAGUCAGUGAGGGAGUUUAUUCGAGCGGUCUUUGUGGAAAGGCGAUAUGUGGGGAGGAACUCACGAGAGCAUAGCAGCAACCAUGCUUCCCUCUCCUUCAUCCUGCACAUCUCGCCUCAUUUCUUCUCUCACUCUCUCCCCACCUUUCUCCGCCCGCUCCCUCCCCAUCCCCUCCUCCCGCACCCACCCAUCCUUACCCUCCUCAUCCAGAGCUCUCCCUCAGGCCGAACCCAUUCUAUGGACGAGCUCUCCCUCAGGCCGAACCCACUCUAUGGAUGGUUCUCCCUCCGCCUCCUUCCCGCAGCCCUCUGA